GGAACUCAUCCCCGGGCGUUGCCGCGGCAGCGUUCGUAUCAUCGCGCCGGCGCCGGGGAACGGCAGUCAGUUGCAGUCGGCGGCCGGAGCGGUGCUGACGGCUGUUCUCCAUCUGGAGAGGAGCGGGUAAGUGAGGGAUGGGGAAAGCUGCCCCCUCUUCUGCCACAACAUGAGGUGAGCAAGGCUUGCAGCCAGGACUCAGCAACCCCUUCCUCAGGCAGCAUCAGCCCUGUUCAGACCAUCCCAUACACGCCAUUAGCCGAGCCCUGUACCAGCCUGCUCUCAACCCUGCCACAACACACACCUAACACCCGAACCUUGACAGAGGUGAAAGAGGGGAAGCACGGCAGUCAGUGUCCUGCCUCUACGAAAUGUUGUCAAUGUACGCUCAAGAGGUCUGACGUAGAGGGCCAUGCCCCCCGUGGUUAAAUAGGGCAGCCAAAAAUGAGCGCCACGUUAGGAUCACACCUCAGAUUACCAGGUUGCGGCUCCAAAAGAUGCAGUUUCGUCUAGGAAAUGUUUGUCUUCCUUCCUCCUUCUGCCUGUCACAUCCUCAAACUCACCCAUGAAACUAUUAGCUAACAGCGUAGACAGCUCCUAACAUUGCAACCCACAGAGAUGUCGCUCAAUCCCGACCCUUCUUCACUGAUCGAACUGAAGGAUUCACUUCCUUCGUAGCCCCACAGUCAACAGAUGCAACUAUUUCAGACAACUCCAUGAGAAUGAAAGACACCUUUUGUUGUUGUUAGUGAUUUUCUUGGUGACCGUCGCCGAGUCCCAGGAGAGCCUGUUCCAGAGGAGGAUUUCUUUCCUGUCUCCUUUCCCCUGCACAAGCAGCUGAGGAUCAGGUAAUGAGACAAUGCACCCUGAGGCGCAGGUGGUUGUGAAGCUGGCAGGGAAGCAAUGGUCUUUUCUGAUGUCAGGUUGGGGAUUACUAAUGUUUUCUCCCAAGCGUGUGAGCAGUGCAGAGGAGCCCAAGUCACUCUGGAGGCCAAGCCCUGAAUAGCACAUGAUAGGAAUUGCUUGUGCUUUAACCUUGUCUGUGUAUUUUAUUUUUGAUUCAGACCAUCUCUGCCUGCCCUGGUGACUCCAGGCUGCCAAAUCCUUCCUGCUCCAGGUCUCCCUAUCCAGCCAGGACGGAUGGCAUCUGGCACCCCGCCAGCAUAGAGGCAACAACAGUUGUUGGUUAAGGAGAUAUCGUGUUAGAUAUACUUAGGGUGCAAAACAUGAGUACAGGCCUUGUCUGGAAAAAAGGAACUGGGUAAGAAAAGGUAGAGGGAGCGCGCCUUCUGAGAAGAGAGGCCAAGAGCAGCCAUGAGGGGCAACGCGCCUGUACAACUUUAUCCAGUUUUGCCACCGAGGGCUGUAAGGGGAAAUCAGGGAGGGGCAGUUAUGCCUGGGAGAGAGCAAGGGAAGGGGGAAGGGGGAGGGAUGCAGGAGAAAGGGAAGUGUUUAAUGUGUUUGUAGGGGAAGGGGCAGUGCACGACGGCAUAUUCCAACAAGUCUCCUAAUACAUGGCAGAGUCCCCUUCCAGGUACAAGACACAUCCACCUAGCUGCAUCUACUGAGGCGCCCAGCAGCUGCAGAGACUCCUGGGAGGCAGGACCCGUUGAGGCCAAGGACCACAGAAGAAGGCGAGGAACCCAGCCAGAGGGACUGCGAGACUCUACCUAGCAGUCCGCCAGCCCUCCAGGGCAAGAUGGAGAGACUGAGGCGGAUCUUCAGAAAGAGGACGGCAAGGAUGGCCCCAGGACAGGAGAAGGACAGGAAGAAGCCUGAGGAGGAGGAGCAGGGCGGCCACCACCAGGCAGAGGCUGCAAAAACGAAAGGCCGAUGGUGGCACUGUCUCGUGGGCUGGAGAAGAAGGGCACCUCCAGCAGCCACGGAAGAGCAGGGAGAGGAGCCAGUCAGGCCCCGAUGGAGGUGGCCCAGGAUACAGCUGGGUAGGAAGGGCCCAGCACUGCCAGAGACCCAGGCACAGCCCCCGCGCAGCUCCAGCCCCAGCCCCAAACACAGCAGCCAGGACCCCAGCCCUGAAGCCCAGCCGAAGGCCACUCCACAUGUGGCUUGGGAGGAGAAGCCAGGCUCCCCAGGGCAGGAGCUGCACAGGCCCUGCUUCAAGCUGGGCUCCAGCUCCUCCAGGGAGGACAGCGACAGCUCCCAGGAGGCUGUGGGCCUCCAGCAACAUGCUGCCACCACCAGAGAUACAGUCCUGCCCUUCUACAAGGCAGAGGAAGAGCAGAGGGAGGACUUCACCUACCUGGAGGAAGCCGCCCUCUCAGUCAUCCUACGGCACCUCCAGAGCACGGACCAGACUGUGAAUGAGGGGCUCACUUUCCUCCGUGCCGUCCCCACGCUGUGCCUGGCUACAAUGGAGAGGGGCGAGGACAGCCUGGAGCCGCCCUGCUGCAAAGCGGCACUUGUGGAGAGGAUUGUGGUGCUGAUUGACAAGCUGUCCCAGUGUGAAGAAGAGCCCAGCACCAUCCUUCCUUACAGCAUGGCUGUUGUUUGCAUCCUCAGCAAACUGAAGCCAGCCCUGGAGCCAGCCCUGGAAUCGCGCCUCCUCUACACCACCCUCCACAAGACCUUCCUGAUGGCCACAGGGCACAACAGCCAGCACAUCCAGGGCAUGCAGCGGAUCAGCGUGGAGUACCUGGAGGCCACGCUGAGGUGCCUGCUGGCAACUGCCCCCAGCCUGGCCAGGCUGCAGUUCAUCGGGCAGCACUUGACCUUGUGGCUCCAGGUGGAAGAUGAGAGGGACAGAGCCACGGCCAUGAAGAUCACCACCAGCCUGCUCUGCUUUGCAGUCUCCCUCCUCCCACAGUUUGAGGACUCGCCCAAGGUGCCCCUGGUGGGUGACCUGGUGGCCCUGCUGGGUCUGUGCAUCAGCGACCCAGUGGAGGAGAUCAGCCGCCAGGCCAAGGAGGGCCUCUCCCACCUCUACAAGAUCUUGCUGCAUCAGAAGGGGCAAGACAUCCAAGAGGCACAGGAGCUGUGGCCAAUCAGCCAGCACCAGCCCCGCCGAAUCCUUCUCUACAUCGAUCUGGCCACAAUGGGAGAGGCGUUCAGGAAGAUCCUCUCCGAAGACCAGAGGAGAGCGUUUGCACAGAGGGCGCUGCUGGGGAUCCACCACAUCACGCUGCACGUGAGCCAGGCCGGGGUGGUUCUGCUCUAUGCCAUCCUGGGACAAGCUGGCCACCUGACGGGGGCAGAGGAGAAGGAAAUUCCCGUCAGGGUACUGAGGAAGCUCCUGAUCCUGAAAUGCUUCCAUCAGCUGCCCAAAGAGCUGCAGAGGCACAGUCAUCUGGAGAGUGCCUCAAGGAUCCCCUCCUCUCCGCAGCAGCCCCAUCCAUCCUGAUGCAAGCGAAGGCUGGGUGUGAGGCCACGGAUGCCAACUGCGAGGCAUGGGACACGGUGUAGGGGAGGUCGGAGCCGUGUAUAUAAGCCCUAGGUAUCAGCGUGUGGCAGGGCACUGCUAGUGCCUGCCACUUUAAGGGCUGGGUUAGGCAUCUAGCAAGUGCCUGAUGGCAGCAGUCAUUUUGACAACUUUGUAUAUAAAGGCUGCAGUCUGCUGCUGCCAGCGGAGGCAGAAACAUCGCCUCGCUGAGCUGCAGCAGGAACAACCAGGCGGUAAGGGAAAGAGCUUAUGGGGAUGGCUAGGAGGCUCUUGGUCCUGGGCACGACCGAAAACUGCACCCUGCCGGGAAUGGGUGGCCUGGUGGGGCUCCUAGUGGCGUGGGAGCCCCCAGGAAAUGGCAGGCCAGUUACCACCCCGGUGAAAGGCGGGUCGGGGCGCCUUAAUAACCCCAGCUCCCACAACCAGGUGGGUAACCCCAUAGUAGGCCUGAGAUGGCGGACCCCUGUGAGAGAGCGGACUAGAUGCUCACAACCCUGACUUGAGGCACCCUCAACUGGUCAGUGCUGGGGCCAGGACCAGAAGGGUCAAAAGGGCCAGGGGCCCACUGUGAGGGACGCCCAGAGCCAAGGGCCUGGGGUUUCUAACUGGCCUUGGAGGGGAGGCCAGGGCCUGUGUGGCCAAAGGUCCCGGGGUGUGGGGCACACCUGAGAGGGGGAAGAGUGCAGGGAGGUAGACAGCCCAGAAUGAGGGCUGAGUAGGCCGCCUGAUUGGAAGGAGCCAGUUGGAGUCCAGACUGGAGGAUUAUGGGGCCCAGGAUGGGGCCAAAGAUGCUAAGAACUGGGAUGCCAGCUGUGAGACAUGAGCUGCAGCAUAGGGGAGGAUUUGGAGCUGCAGAUAACAUCCUCUGGAAUCGGGGCCAGAGAUGGACAGCCUCCCGCUUAAUUAAGACCAUCUUUUUGUAUCACCAAGGUGUGGCAGGAAAGAGAGGCGGGCACUUAGCCCAGAAAUAGGUGGGCAGGAAGGGCCUCCUGUUACACAGUGCAAGUAAGUGGGCAGCUUCCUGCCAUGUUCUCAUCUUUCACCUGUAUCAUCAAGGUUGUGGCAGGUGAGGGAGGCGGGCAGUUAGCCCUAAGACAAGUGGGUGGGUCAACGAUUUGACCGGCCCCAGGAUGCCCACAUGUUAUAAGUGCACAGGAGGAUUAUGGUUCAAUCAGACUGGCCAGCAGCACUGGCCUUGCUCAAGGCCUCUUGGUUGGGACACCCCUCUGAAUUUGGUUGGUGUUUGCGAGAGACGCACUGAAAUUAGAUUAAGGGUUCAAAAACAUAAAAGGGAUUGCUUUAGGACUAAGAGGAACAUGAGAAUAAAGAGUAUAAAGGGUGAUAAUGACAAGGCAGGUAAACAAUGGGAAGCACACACAAUAAUACCGAUGCAGUACUUUACUAAAUAUCACAAUCAACUGGAAGACCCAGUUAAAACAACAGGAAAAUGGCAAAUGGGAUCAAGGAAACAGACAGUUAAGAAUGGGGCAGAAAUUUAUGGCAAUCCAGAGGAUGAAACCAGGCUGUCAAUCCAAGGAGGUUCAAAUAGGUUGGAAGGCAGGAAGGUCACCUGGGACUGGGUUGUUCAGUCUUACUGCCUCUCCCCGUCCAUGGGGAGCACAGAAAAUUAUACUCGCCAGUCUCACAGAAUCAGAGGCAGCCAGGCACAGCUCUCCCGCAAACGCACCCUCUCACCAUACAGAAACUGUGCAUACACGCCAACACUUGACCCGCACUCUCACAUUCAUCCUUCCCUUGAACGCUACGAGCGCCCAAACAGUGGGUCUUUAUUAACUCCAAUCAUAGUACUUUUGCCAAUCAAGCCAAGGUAAAAGCUGUCAAUCACUUUCAAUCACACUUUCCUGCCAGACACUCUGACCCAUCUGCGCAUACCCAGGCUUUCCUUUUGUAAUGAUAAGAUGACUUUCCCUGUUAUAACAAUGAAAUGAAACCAAAAAAAACCUCCGGGAUAAUAUGAACUAAUAAAUAAAGUACAAUAAAAAAGCCAUAUGAAAGCAAGACAAAAAUAGAUAAUGAAGCGUACAGGCUAUAAAUUUAGUAGAGACUUGAGGAAGGGGAGAGCUUCACAUUAUAUACAACUAACAGACAUACAUCUAGCUUUUCAGGGAUACCAAACCACAAAAGAAAUCAACUGAAAAACUUAAGAGAAGAUUCAUAUUGCACCCUAUUUCUUCAUGCUGAGCCCAGUUAUGUCUAUUUGCAUAUGUCAUCUUUUCCAUUUACGCAACAUGCAGAAGUUCUUUAACCCUUCCGAGAAUGCAGGUACACUGGGAGUUUACCAUUUGCUUGAAACAAUCCUUUUUCUGCAAACAAACAAUCCUUUCCACAAAUAUCUUAUGAGAUGUAAACAGAAGAUCAUCCCCUUGUUUUAACUCAUGGCAUUUUCCAGGAAGUGCCGUGAGUUACAACAAUCUCCUAGACCCAACAGAAGUCCCGAGGUUGGAGAAGCCAGCUGUUGUUUAGGCUGGUUGCAAGCAUUCAUCCGCUCUUCCGUCACAACGCGACUCCCCCAUUUCCAGACCUGGCAUGGUUUUCUUAAUGGGAGCGGGGAAAGGGAGCAGAAGAUCA